GUUCUGCUCUUCCCGUUCCCUGCAGCCCGAAAGAAGGACCCAAGCAGCCACCGACUCAUUUCUUGAGAAAUUGGUGACCAAGCUUGGGAUUGUCUCCUUCUUUUCUUGAUAAGUAAGAUUUGGGGCUUAGAAUCUUCUCCCUCAACCCAGAAAAUCCCGGAUCUGCUCUGCUCUUCUCCCCUGUCCGUCGGCUGCUAUGUGGGUGUGAGAUUUUGGGCUUUUUCUGAGCCGUGAGCAUCCUCCUGCAAUUCCGUCAGCCCCCAUGCUCGCCUGGUGCGGGUUCUGCUGGCCGGAAAAAAAGAGAGGAAUUCCGGUAUGUGCUAGCUUCUCCAAGGCUGAAUUUUACCCAUUUAGUAGUUGAAAUUUAUACAUGUAGCUGCUGCCUUCUUGUCCGAAUUUUCUGUCGAAACAGGGGAAGAAUUGGCAGUAAAUUAAAUGUGUUUUAAGCUUGAUUAUGUAGAAUUUAGCUUGAAUUAGCUGCUGUGAUGUUUUGUGUGAGAAAUCCCGUUUGUGAGUGUGGUUUUGCCGAGCCAUUUUCUCCAUUUUUCUAUCCCGGGAGUUGGAAGCCAUAUGCAUGGGUGUUGUGUGUGUAUAUAUAUAUAUAUAUGUAAUUGUGUAUAUAUAUAUAUAUAAUACACAAUCCGGUUGUGAUGCCCAAUUUUGAAGAAAAUAAAUAAAUAAAUAAAGAAAUAAAUGUCGUGUUAUGGGGGAAAUUUUGGUGGCUUAAGCUAUGUUUUUAAGCUUGGUUUAAGUGUAAAUUAGCUUAAAAUGGGUUGUUGUGAUUUUGGAGAAAAAUCCCGUGAGAUUUGUUAUUGUUUUGUCAAUUUUGGAAGUCGAAGUUACUGUUUACUGUACUGUUCAUGUGUACUGUUUAUGGAUACUGUUCACGGAUACUGUUCACACACCGAGGGCCAAUAAUUAACGGGAAUUUAAAUGUUUAGUUUGUAAUAUAAGAAUAAAUUUGGAGAUAUCCGAUUAUGUGGAGACGGAUAGAAAUAGCAUCGUGAUUAGGGUAGUCCUAAUGAUGAUUUCACUUUGAAUUUGUGGUAGUGCGGUAUUAAAUGUGGAAUAUUGUGAUUAGGUUUUGAUCGUUCUGUCACUGUAGCACUUGGGUUAAGCCUUCUGUUCUGUGCGAGUGAAGUAAGUAAAUUAUGGUAAAGUCCGUCGAUUUUAAAGCAUGUUUUAAAUUGUUUUUGAGAUGGUGGUAAGGUUUAAAUUGAGUUUAAAUUGAUUUUAUCAACGUCUGAGUGUGAUUAAACUGAAAUGACAAUUUUGACGAUUUUUAUGAAAAUUUUUUUUUUUUUUGGAAUUGAGCCUGAUUGGAAUGAAAAUGAGGAUUUCAUUGUUUUUCUGAAGUAGAGCAUGCCUAUUUGGAAC